UUCAUUUGCACUGAUCUGCUGCAUGUGCUGUAACCUGGGGCUUGGGGGGCAGAGCUGGGCUCUGCUAACUGCACGAGGUGGUUCUUAGUGUCACACACUAAUAGGCCCUGAUCAAAGCCCAAGGCUGUAAUCUCUCCUUCUCCUGACUUUAAAUAAACCUCUCUGGUGCUGUGACCUGUUGCAAACGUAAGCCUGAGUGCUGCUGCUUUCUUGAUCUAAUUAAUACUUCAAGUACCUGCAUGAUUCUGAUUGAGCUGGGCACAGCAGGGACACAGAGGGAAGUGUUGCUGCUCUUGAUGGAGUUCAUCUUCAAAGUUUGCCCUCUGGUUGUGGUUUUCCUUCAGCAUUUUGUGGCUCUGGACUUGUUGAUGUGUGGGUGAUGUGCUUCUGGCUGAAGGGAAGGCGAACAAGGGCUGGAGAGGGGGAGGACAGUGUGGGGAGGGACAGCACUGCCCCUGCUUGGUUGUCAGCAGCCCUGCCCAGCACAGCCCUGGCAGCUGGAAGCAGCAGGAAGCAGUUGGAAGCAGUUGGAAGCAGCAGGAAGCAGUUGGAAGCAGUUGGAAGCAGCAGGAAGCAGUUGGAAGCAGCAGGAGGCAGUUGGAAGCAGUUGGAAGCAGCAGGAGGCAGCUGGAAGCACAGAUGUGCCACAAGGCUGGGCAGGUCCAGGCCUCUGGGGAUGGGGGUCCUGCACACAGGGCUCACAGGCCCCACCUGCAGUGACAAAGGCCAGGCUGGUGUCCCUUCCCUGCCUCUGGAGGAAGUGUGGAGGGUUCCCUGUGCUGUCAACAAGGGCAGGUUCCUGCCAGUCUCCUCCUCCUCCUCUCACAUCUCUGCUGGGUGUUCCUCAGCCUCCUGGUGCUGUUGCUGCUGCCCAGGAGAGGAGGAGAUGNGUGUUAGAGCCCUGACCUGCCUCAAAACUCACUUUUCCUCUGGUUUUCUUGUGGCUCUGCUCUCCAAGUGUGCUUUGACCAGCUCCAUUCACCCUCCAGGCCGGGCUGUUCAGCUCCAGGAGAAUCUUCUGCUGAGCUUUUGUUGCAUACUUGGAGUUGAGGGAGUCUUGGAGAUCAGAUGCCAAGUACAAAACAGCUUGAAAUGCUGUUUAAUGAGUCAAAAUCUGUCAUUAGCAAUGAGGGCAGAGACUGUGGCUGGAGAUGGGCACAGAGCCCAUGGCCCUGGAGGGGCAGGCAGUCAGAGACAUCCACCAGGAACCUCUGCAGGGGCAUUUCCAGCUGCUUCUGCCUCUGUUUGGAGCACUGGAACCUGGUUUCUUGGGAAGCCCAGAGCAAGGGCACAUCACAGAGUGUGCUGGGGUGGGUCUGAGGGACAGGGAUGGGGAGAAGCAGGAGAGGGACCAGGUUGGGGUUAAUCCCUGAAGGCAAGUCUCUGUGCAGCUCCUCCCAUCUGAGACCUUGGAGACCAAGCACAAGGGCAUCUCUUCCCAGCUCUGGGAGCUCAGACAGGACAUUUUAUUGGUUAUUUUUAACAGCUGCUCUGUUUAAGGUGUUUACUUUCCUUUCACUCUGGUUCUCACUCCAGCAAUGCCGAUUUCUUUCCCUUUUUUUGUGUGUUUUCAUGUUGCCACCAGAAAUCCAAGGCUGGGUAAGACCUCCCUAAGCUCAGUCCCAGUGCCAGCUUCCAGUAUCCCCCAGUUGCUGCUGCUGGUUGGUGCCUUUUGCUGUGCCCCAGCACAUCCAAGCUGCUGCUUUACCUUUAUUUCUGCACCCAGAGCAGGUUUGGACUGGUGGGAUGUGCUGGGCCGUGCAGGCAAGAGGCUCCUGGGGGGAGCUGCCUUCCUGCUUUCAUUUUUUAAUUAGCAAACAAUGGAGAAACCUCAAAAGGCUUCUAAAUAGGGUUUUUACCUUUCCCACCUUCGGCAGAGAGGUUUCUGUGUGCAGGGCAGUGCUGGGAGCUCUCCACACCCUGUGCUGGGGGACACUGGGGACACUCAGUGCUCACAGCCCUUGCUGGCCUGGCCCUGCUCUGGGGCUCUGUGCCCUUCUUGUGUAGGGCAUCACUGGAUUAUUUGUGACUUAAGCAGGGUUCUGGAAUGUCUGUGUGGCAUCUAAUCAUGUCUGUGUGGCAACCUGGGCUAGUGGAAGGUGUCCCUGCCCAUGGGUGAUCUUCAAGGUCCCUUCCAACCCCAACCAGUCCAUGAUUCUGUGAUUGUGUCUGUGCUGAUCCUCUGGUGCCUCUUGCUUGUUUGGAAGCAUCUGGAGGUGGGAGAGGCACCCAAGUUGUGAAACACAUCCCUGUGCAGGAGCUGAGGGGGCAGAGAAGUGUCACCACCCAGAGGGAGAAGCACCUGCCGAGCCAGAAGGGACAGGAAGGUGUCCCAAGGGCACAGUUUGGGAGCAGCUGGGCCUGAAACCCAGCAGUGUUUGAGGGGGACACAAGGGUGACAGGG